UCCCACUCGGGUGUAACGGUCAGGUGCGCCUCAGUCUGCGGUGCAAACUUUGUGAAACGAUGGAUUUUAUCCGAUCAGCAGCCGGACGUUUCCAAACAAACAAAACUAUGUUGUAGCAUCGCUGCAGCGUCGGACGGAAGGCCGAGGAAAUAAAAAAUAUCCACUGACGGUUUCCUGAACCUGAUUUUGCCUUGCAUUGAAUCAUGUCUGGAUAAACCGUCUUCUGGAAGGAAGCAAUCCAGUUCUAUGAACAAAGACUCAAGUCUCUCAUGACUUCGUUGGAUCACGCCGGCUGGCAGCCUCUUGAUUCCUGCGUACCUCGGACCUCCAUCUGCGAACCCUGUCCACCCUCCUCCCUCCAUCGCACCUCGUGGAUAACAAACUCUCCUGGCUUACCAUAUCCACCAUCUUCAGUCUCACCGGCAAACAACCACUUGGUUUCUCCACUCCCCCUCUGGCGGAUCCCUCCACCAUUCUUUUUUGCAUCCUGGUUCCAGUUCCCUGCAUUAUUCACCCAGAUUUCUAAUCCUUCUUGCAAUUUCCUAACAAUUCACAUCUUUUUUUUUUAUUUUCACUACGCUCAUUUCCUUCUGCUUCUUUCUUCUCCUGUCCCCCACUCCUGCUUUUGCCUGUCCUUUUUCCACCUUAUCUCUUUGUCUCCUCUGUCAUGUCCUUAUCCAUGAGGAACCCACCUCAACGUCGGCGCUCUCUGGGACCCGUUUCACCCAAACGAAUCUACAGGAACCUCUCUGUCAGACUGAAGGGAGGAGAGUCCUCCGUUGCUGCGGAGGUGGCUGCACCCAAAUACACCAGCAAACCUGCAGACGCUUACAAGACCCUGUGGGAGGCCGUGGAAAAUGAGGACACUUUGGCUGUGCAGAGCCUUUUGUCCAAAGAUCAUGCCAGCUGUGGAGGAGGAGGAGCAACAAGCUUGUGGGAGAGAGGAGAGAAGAAAGAGAAGGACUGGGAGAGAGAUAAAGAAAAAGGGGUGAACAGAUUGAAUGAACAGGGUUUGGUUCCGUUGGAUGUGGCUGCACUUACCCACAACUCCCCUCUUCUUCAUGUACUGACAAAGGCAGGGGCCAGACAUAACCCUAUUUUGUGCCGGCCAGAAGACUGGGGGCUCAAGCUGGAUGCCCUGGUGGAUCUGGCAAGUAAACGAGUGGAGGAGAGGAAGUUGGAGUCCAGAAAAACAGGAGCAGGCCCCCAGGCACAGGCUGAGGUCCAGAGACAGACUCGGCUCUGGAGACUCCGGCUGGAGCUAUACUGCCGGAUGAGAGAGAACUUCCAGAACACAGAGCUCCCAGGUCCUCCCAGCCAUGUGUCUUUGCUGGUAACCAGCAAUUCAUCUCUAUGUGUGGUGAUCAAGGAGCCAGAGGAAAGCACCACAGGACUCAUCACCCGCUAUAAAGUGGAGUGGAGCACCUCGGCCAGCUUCAAACGCGUCCUUGGUACAGCCCAGGUUACAGAAACAAGGAACCCCUCCUUUAUUAUCUAUGGACUGACAGCAGGAGUGCAGUACUAUGUGAGAGCGAGCGCCUACAAUGUGAAGGGAUGGGGCCCGCCUCAGUGCUCCACUCCGGUCAGCUCUGCCCUCUCCAGCUGGAGAGAGUGUGUUGGUGUGAAGUCGGCGCUCAGGAACCACGAGGGCCUUGUGAGGAAACUGCUGGAAGAUGCCAAAGAAUCCCAGUACAGAGGAUAUUAUAUAGACAGCUUGAAGUCACCGAGCCCCAGCAAGCGCCUGACGAUGUCUCGGGGCAUCAAACAACUUUUCCAGUCUGCCACCAAGUUUGUUCGUCACCUACAAAGGGGUGUUUACUUGGCGACUGUUUUCUACCACAAGGAUAACAUCCUGGUGACAGCUGAGGAUCAGAUCCCACUGGUGGAGAUCCACUGCUGCUCCACCUCUAUCACACAAGACUUCCUUUGGUUUGCCAAGUUGUCCUGCGCAUGGCAGCAGGUGCCCUGGCUUCAGCAGGGCCUGUCCUCUGCUCACUCCUCUCCCUCCUCCCUCCUUCAGAACAGGCACAACAUCGUAAGAGCUGUUUCUCAGCUGCAGUCUUCUCUAGGAACAAUGGAUUUGGGCCAGGUGUACUAUGAACCACUGAAAGACAGGCAGGGCAAUGUGCUAAUAGUGACGAUGAGGGAGUUUCCAAAUCCUCCAUUUAGUCCCCCUGACCCCCCAUUCCACUGGAUUCCUCUGGACCGGCUGGAGAAGAACCGCAGCAGAACUCCACUGCUGCCUGAGCCCACUGCCAUGGAUACGCUCUAUGAGCAGCUGAAGGACAAACUGUCAUUCCACAGACACAGCAUUCAGUGGGUCCAGCCUGGUCUGUAUGUGGGCAUCCUAAAACUGUGCAGCUCAGUGGACCAGAUCAGGGUCCUGGUGCCACAAAGGAUCCCCAAUCUCCUCUGCCACACGCGGGUCCGCCACAAUCCCCAUGUGACCAGAGAGGAGUGGGCUUGGCUCCAGAGUCAUGUUUACACUGCACACAACGGCAACGCUCAUAACCCACCGAGCGGUCAGGACGAGAGCUUGACAGAGAGCAGCGGUGUGGAGGAGUUUGUCAGGUCUCUGAGAGCCGCAGUCACACAUCUCCUGACAAAGCUCAACAUCCCCCUCUACAGGGCCUAUCAGUAUGGCGUGUACACUCGGGAGCUGCUCCAGUUUGGUGGAAAGGUCUCCAUGCUGUUACUUUUGCCUCCCAGCGAGGACUUCAGCUCUAGUUACUGGCCUUUGGUGGGAACCAAAGAGCCUGGCCUCACCAUGCCUCUGCAGAUGUUUGAACUGGUUCACUUCUGGACAUAUGAGCGCGACUUCCUGUGUCAGUACUGCCAGGGAUGGGUAAGGCUGGAGCUGGACACUCAUCUGGCCCAGCAGGCUCUACGUGAGGCACUGGACACCAAGGAGGUGCAGGAAGCCCGGGAGCGGCUUAAUAACAUCACUGACCUUUCUCGUCAUUUGGAGAUGGUGUGGAGGGACGCCCGUUGGAUAAUGGACUGUCUGCAGUGUGUCCGCUCCAAGCAAUGGGUGGGAGCAGUACCUUUAGGUCUGGUGAUGGGAGGUGACCCACCACCUUGUCCUGAAGGUAAAGAACAGGAAGACAGCUUGACUGCCAGAUUGAAAUGGCCCAGCCGUAACCAAACACAAAGAUCUAUAGCAGGAAGUUCUGUCAGUGCGCCCUUACCAAUUAGCAGGAAGUCGGUCUCCACUCCAGAAGGCAUCACAGUUGUCCCCGAGGAUGCUGCGCUCACGUUGAUGGAAGGUGUUGUGAAGGGAGGGUACCCUGUUGACAUCAGCUCUCAGUCAACAGCACACCUGACCAGCAUCAGCCUGCCGGAGCGUGGAAACACCAUGGCUUUAACAGAGUCUGGACUUCACCCUGCUGCUGUGGCACAGCUGGAGGCCACAGUGUUGGACACAAUGGACUUCACCCCCAGCAUCACAGACGUCAUCCAGCCGAUGGAGAUGGCGGAGCUGGUGGACAUUUUGCCAACGCUGAGUCUUAUGGAGGAGAACCCCAGUGGUCCAUUCACGCCAUCUGUAAUGGACAUGCUCAACAACUUUGGACGUGGGAUUGGGGAGGAAAACAGUCAUUUUGUCUUUGAGGGCUCAAGCUUGAUAAGGGAUGAUGAGGGGGCAUCAGAGCCAAACUGUGUGAGCAGAGAGGAAGUCACGCCUUCUUCUACCACUGUAAAUGCUUCUGAGAGCAACACACCUGUUUCAGGGUGUGACUUUCCUCGAGAGGUUGCAGAGAUGAAGGAGGCUCCAAGUAGAGGUGCAUCUUUUCCAGUGAGAAGCCUGGUGGAGUGGGACAGACCCUACACCAGUUCAUCCUGAUAUUAAACUCUGUCAAUUUCAGUCACACUCCAGCACUAGAUGAAGAAAUGAAAAGAUCCAUCUAAUCUUUUUUGAUCACUGUAUUUAUUCAUAGUAGCUAUUAACUUGAGAAUGUCUUGUAAGAUUUAGAUAAAGCCUCAUCCAUGAUAUUGCACCCAGUUCGGUGAUUGCAAACAAAAAGCUAGACAUGUUUUUGCACAUUUCUAAAUCUUUAAUUUUUUUUUUUUCUAGCAUGAAGACUUGUGCUCAUAAGUUUCCAUACUGAAUAUGAAAGUACUACAAAACCUUCAUGCUUGCUUAGUGGUUGCUCUUUUUAAAUUAUAAGGACAACAGAAACUACCCAAGUGAUCAUGAUAAAAAAGUUUACAUAACCUAGUUCAUACCGUGUGUUGUCCCCUUCAGUCUCAUUGGAACCAGCACCAGCUUGGGCUUCUGCUCUGGGUUCGCGUAGCUGCAUAAAAUCCCAGAAGCCACCCAUUCUUGUCUCUGUGGUGUUUGGCCUGUUGUAAGCAGGCUGCUGUGUUGCAGUCGUGUAGUAACUGUUUUCUUCUGGCAACUCAACCCUGCAGUCCUUCUUACUUCAAGUGUCUCUUUAUUGUGCAUCUUGAAACAGCCACACGACUUGUUUUCAGAGAGCCUUGUAUGUCAGAUGAAAUUAUUUGUUAUUUGGUUUUUCUUUGCAUGCCGAACAACUCUUCUGGCAGCUGUGACUGAAUUUUUAGUUUACCUACCUGACCGUGGACUAUUUUAAUCUUCAUUUUCCACAAUUUUAGAGUUUCAACAUUGCUGAUUGUCAUUCUGAAUUCCUUGGAUGUCUUCGAUCUUCCUUUUCUGUUUGAUAAAGUUCAACAACUUUCUAACACAGAUAAUUUGAUCAUACUUUCACUUUCCCUGUGAUUCUAAAUCUAGAAACAUCAGCGCAUCAUUGGAGGAAACCACAGGUGACAGAAAAGGUUUUGCAUCAUUAUUCAUAUUGUGCCAGGGUAUGUUAACUUAUGAGCACAACUUAAGUUCACUAGACCUAUAUGUCAAAUGUAAAAACAAAUAAUAAUCUUAAACUGUAGUGGUAGAAUUGACUUGAAUAUUCCUUGCUCACUACAGGACAAAGCCUUGUUGGUGCUUGUCUGAGCUGUAUACAAACUAUUUAAAUUCAGUCAAAUAAAAGUGUUUCCUUUGGAUUUUAAAAGUAAGCAUGCUUAUUACAGGUUGGUAGUGUUACUCUAGUUUCAUUUAAUCUAAAAUGGGAAAUCAUGUUCUUCUGGUAUUAAAUAAUCAGUUAGAUUCAGUCGGAGGCUGAGGUUCAGCAAGCAAAAGAAUGUGUCUAUUGGGACUUAAGUAAGUUCAGGUAGACCAUUCAAGGACCCCCAAAAAGCAAAGACAAUUACACAACAGGCUGUGCUUCCUAUGCUUUGCUGAAAGUUUAUUCUUGGGUGAAAAGAGUCUCCGUUUAUUUGUCAAAUCUUACAUUUGGAGCUGAUUGGUUUUAGUCGGUCCAGAUAGUGGAACAGUGAACCAGACUUUUACCCUUACUGAGAUGAGGACAAGGUCUCGGAAGAUUGGUUGCCCAUAGCACCUGUGUUUAAUGGACCUGAAGAAAUAAACUAACAUGACAUUUUUGAGAUUGUUUUGAGUUGUGGUCUUAGGCCCUCUUGGAGUAGCUGUUAGCUUUAAGGUCCAGGUUAAUUUAAUCUAGAUUUAUACUGAAUGCAGACACCAAGAGAAUUAUCUGCAGGUAGGAUAUUGACUGCUUAGAACCUUUAAUUAGAACCCCACUUUAAAAAAUCCUCAACUAUUUCUCUAACUCAAAUGUCCUGUAAAAUGAAGAAUUCUGCAAAGGAACAUUUAAACAGAAGUGGCCUUUAUUUGUUUUAAAGCCCACUCACCACAACAUGGUGCAGGCCAUGAGUGGGAGAAGGAGACAAAUAGGACAUGCUCGACAAUACAAACACGCAACACAGAAUAGUUUUAUCACUUAUGUUGAUUAAUAUUUACUGUAUAUAUGCUGUUUACAGUGCAGACCUUUAUUACAAAUGGCAACUACUUUAUUUUUUGUCAAAUUUAAUGAAAGAAACAUGAAAAAACCCAUGCAUACACAUAAAAUAUACAGUCAACACAGUCAGCCCCUCAUGUGUAAACCGAAGUUCCUAACAGGCAUCUUUGUUAACCCUCCGCUGCCUCAGAAGUACUCUGUAGUCACUUUAUUCUGAUCAGGAUCAUAUUUUUUUUUACAGAUUUCUUCCUUUUUUUUAAUCCUACUUAAAUGUUUCAGAUCAUCAAACCUAUUUGAUAUCAAAGAAAAAUGACUCAAAUAAAAGCAGUUUUCAGAUGAUUAUUUCAUUUAUUAAGGGAGCAACGUAAUCGCCCCCUAAACCAAAUAACUAAUUGUGAAACCCUCGGCACCUUGAUAAGUUGGCAUUAACUGGAAAUGAGUUUUACACAUCAGUGCGAAUUACAUUUUUUUCCUGCCUUUAUUUAACCAGGAUAGGUAUCAUUGAGAUUAAAAAUCUCUUAGAUGAACGUCCUGGCCAAGACAGGCAGGAGCGAAGUUGCACGCCAGUCACAACAUACAGCCAACUUACAAAAAUAUGUAAUUACAAACCUGAAAAAGAAUUACAAACAUCAAAUUAUCAGAAGCAACACAUUUUACAAUAUGAAUAAAAAACGAAUCAGGUAAAACAGCUACAUGCUGAUGUUACAGUUUCCCUAUCACUUAAAAGUCUUUUAGAAGAUUCUAAAGAGAGCAGCUCCCCCAAUUUUAAAUCAUUUUACCCAGCUCAGUACAGAACUUUUUGGAACUGACAAUAAAAAUAGGUCAGCACAGCGAAGAUGAUAAGAACCGGUGCAUUUCUGAGACAUAUACAUUUGCAAAUAACAAGGGAGCUUACCAAGUAGAGCUUUAUAAAUAAGUAAAUACAGCUGCCGAAGCCUGUGAGACGCAAAGAGGACCAACCAACACAUAAAGUACACAGUGAUGUUAAGAGCUCUGAGACCAGUGAUGAACCUCAGGGCUCUAUGAUAGGCAGAAUCAAGAGUUCUCAAACUCUGAGCUGAUGAGUGCAUGUACAGUACAUCGCCAAAGUCCAACAAUGGCAUGAAUGUAGCAAUAACAAGCCCCUUCCUGGUCUCAUAGAACAGACAAGCCUGAAUUCGAAAAAAGGAGCCCAGCCUAAUUCUAAGUCGGGUUACAAGCAAUUUAAUAUGGAAUGUAAAUGAAAGUGUAUUGUCAAUCCAGAUUCCAAGAUAUGUGUAAUGGGCUAACAGAUUCUAUUUGAGCACCAUGAAAGGUGGUAAUCUGUGAUACAAUUUGGGAGUUGGCUUUUGUGUUCGAGAACAACAUGAAUUUUGUUUUGUCUGAAUUUAAGAUGAGUUUUAAAUCAUAUAGGUUGUUUUGUAUAGUAUCAAAAGCUGAUUGUAACUGAGAAAUGGCUUGUAAGGGUGAAAGUGCAAAACUAUAGAGUAUCAGCGUAGAAAUGAGUAUGCAUUUGUGAUACUCCGGUUUAUGUUAUUGCUGUAGAGAAUGAAUAGUAAACGUCCUAAUACUGA